GAGGACGUCGUGCUCGUGGAGACGACGCGUCCGGACGGAACCACCGCGCGCAUCGUGUACAGCACCACGGCGCCGGUGGACGUGUACGAGCUCGAGAAGCUGUGUGAUGACGUGGGAUGGCCGAGGCGGCCGGUGAGCAAGGUGCAGGCGGCGCUCGAGAACUCCUUCUGCGUCGCGUCCCUUCACCUCGAGAUCGCAGAGACGGGCGGAUCGGGAGGAUUAGGAUUAGGAGGAGGAGGCGGUGGAGGCAUGCCCGGGGUGUCCUACGCGGACGCGUCCACGCCCGAGGGCACCAGCCGCAGGCUCGUGGGCCUCGCCAGGGCCACGAGCGACCACGCCUUCAACGCCACCAUCUGGGACGUGGUGGUGGACACCGAGUUCCAGGGGCAGGGGCUCGGGAAGGCGCUGGUGGAGCAGAUGGUUCGGACCCUGCUGGCGAGAGACAUCGGGAACAUCACGCUGUUCGCCGACAACAAGGUGGUGCCCUUCUACAGGUCGCUCGGGUUCGUGUCGGAUCCGGAGGGGAUCAAGGGGAUGUUCCUGUACCCGUGA